CUUAUGGCUGAACUGCGUUUCGAUAAUCGUGUAGUACUCAUCACUGGUGCUGGGGGUGGUCUUGGAAAGGCAUACUCUCUCUUUUUUGCUUCUCGAGGUGCGUCCGUUGUGGUCAAUGAUCUUGGCAGCACUCGCAUUGGUGGUGAUGCAUCUGGAAACCAUCGUGCUGCUGAUGUUGUUGUCGACGAAAUUCGCAAAGCAGGUGGAAAGGCUGUUGCAAACUAUGACUCUGUGGAGUUUGGUGAAAACAUUGUUGAAACUGCAAUCAAGGCCUUUGGACGCAUUGAUAUUGUCAUCAACAAUGCUGGCAUUUUGAGAGAUAAAUCCUUUUCACGCAUGACAGAUGCCGAUUGGGAUUUGAUUCAGAUGGUGCAUGUCAAGGGUGCUUACAAAGUCACCAAGGCUGCCUGGGAUCACAUGCUCAAACAAGGUCAUGGCAGAAUCAUCAACACUGCAUCUGCUGCCGGAAUUUAUGGAAACUUUGGACAGGCAAACUAUAGUGCAGCCAAGCUUGCUCUAUUCGGAUUCUCCAAUGCACUUGCACGCGAAGGAGCCCGCAAAAAUGUAUUGGUCAACACCAUUGCACCACUUGCGGCAUCUCGAAUGACCGAGACAGUUUUGCCUCCAGACAUGCUUGCUGCUUUGAAACCAGAGUUUGUUGUUCCAUUGGUUGCCUAUUUGACACAUGAUUCCUGCAUUGAGAAUGGAUCUCUCUUUGAAGUUGGUGCUGGGUUCGUUUCCAAGCUGCGCUGGGAAAGAUCAAAAGGCGCCGUGUUCAAAGCAGAUGCUACAUUUACUCCUGCAUCUGUAGGUGCCAAAUGGACGCAAAUCUCUGAUUUUUCUCAUCCUGAUUAUCCAACAUCUAUUAUGGACACAGAUUGGGUUGGGCUUCUGGAAAAAGCCAAGGCACUUCCUGAAAACCCUAAUCCAACCAGUCUUCGCUUUGACGGACGCGUUGCAAUCGUCACUGGUGCUGGAAACGGUAUUGGUCGUACCUAUGCACUCUUGUUUGCCAAGCUUGGUGCUUCUGUGGUGGUGAAUGAUCUCGGAGGCUCGACCAAUGGUGUUGGCGGUGCUAAUGCAGCUGCAGACAAGGUAGUGGAAGAAAUCAAGGCACUCGGUGGAAAGGCUGUGGCCAAUUAUGACUCUGUCGAAGAAGGCGACAAAGUUGUCGAAACUGCACUCAAAGCAUUUGGACGUGUUGAUAUUGUUGUCAACAAUGCUGGCAUUCUGCGUGACAAGUCAUUUUCCCGUAUGGCCGAGAGUGACUGGGAUCUUGUCCACCGUGUCCAUUUGCGAGGAAGUUACAAAGUUUCCAAGGCUGCCUGGCCGCAUAUGCUCAAGCAAAAGUAUGGUCGCAUCAUCAAUACUUCAUCUGCUGUUGGCCUGUAUGGAAAUUUUGGACAGGCAAAUUACAGUGCUGCCAAGGCUGGGUUGAUUGCUCUUUCAAAUACUCUUGCAUUGGAAGGAAAGAAAUCCAACAUUAUUGUGAAUACAAUUGCUCCUAAUGCUGGUACUCGCAUGACUGCGACAGUCAUGCCUCCUGAGAUGGUGGAGGCACUCAAGCCUGAAUAUGUUGCACCCUUGAUUGCUUUUUUGGCCCACGAGUCCAACACUGAUACGGGCUCUAUUUUUGAAGUUGGAUCUGGGUGGAUUUCCAAGGUUCGCUGGCAGCGCACAGGUGGUGUCGGAUUUCCUGUAGACUGUCCACUUUUUCCAGAGCACAUUCAAUCGCGUUGGGAUACCAUCACCAACUUUGGAGAUGGACGUGCAACCUAUCCAACAUCAACUCAGGAUUCAUUUUCUGCUGUUCAAGCCAAUUUUGAAAACAAAGCGUCUGCCACUUUAAAAAAAAGUGAUGGGGGCGUUGAUGUUGAAGGUGCUAAAUCUGCGAGUUUUAAAUCUGCAUCAUUUGAAUAUACCGACAGAGAUGUCAUUAUAUAUGCUCUUGGUGUUGGUGCAAAAAAAACCGAUCUGGAUCUUGUUUACGAAGCCUCGGACAAAUUUACCGUUAUUCCAACAUUUGGAGUUAUUCCAGCGUUUGAUUAUCAGAUUCGUCAUGUCAGUUUUGGCGACUAUUUGCCCAAUUUCAAUCCUAUGAUGCUUCUUCAUGGAGAACAGUAUUUGGAGAUUAAGAAACCAUUGGCUAGUGCUGGAAAAUUGACUUCCACUGGCAAGAUUAUUGAUAUUCUUGACAAGGGCAAAGGUGCUGCUGUCAUUCUUGGCGUUACUACAAAAGAUUCCAGUGGUGAUGUUGUGACUGAAAAUCAAUUCACCUUUUUUAUCCGUGGAUCUGGCGGAUUUGGUGGUAAGAAGGACAGCGAACGAGGAGCUGCUACUGCUGCAAAUGACCCACCCAAACGUGCUCCAGACCAUAUCACUCGUGAAAAGACGUAUGAUGAUCAAGCUGCUUUAUACCGUCUUUCUGGUGACUACAACCCUCUUCAUAUCGAUCCCCAAAUGUCAGCCAUGGGAGGCUUCAAGAUUCCAAUCUUGCAUGGACUUGCCACCUUUGGUAUUUCUGGAAAGCAUGUGUUUGCCAAGUAUGCCAACAACGACCCCACAAAAUUCAAGUCUAUCAAAGCUCGCUUUACCAAGCAUGUGUUUCCAGGAGAAACUUUGGAGACGCACAUGUGGAAAGAAGGUUCCAAAGUGAUUUUUAUUACUCGUGUCGUUGAGCGCAACGAAGUAGUCAUAUCCAAUGCAUCUGUAGAACUAAAUGAGGGUACUGUAUCUGUCAGUGCUGAUCCUGUUCCUGCCGGUGUGAUGGUUCCAGGAUUUGCUGCGUCCAAGGUAUUCGAGCAAAUUGAAGCUGGACUUAAAUCAACUGCCGGUCCAGCCCGUGCAGCAUUAAUCAAAAAGGUUAAUGCGGUGUUUGGAUUUGACGUAACCAGCAAUGGCAAGACUCAGUCUUGGUUUGUAGAUCUCAAGAAUGGAGAUGGAAAGGUUGGAGCUGGCACACCUCCUAGCAAAGCGGACAUGACUGUGGUUGUUGGGGACCAAGAUUUUCUACAGGUUGCUGCUGGUACCCUUAAUCCUCAAAAGGCAUUCAUGUCUGGUAAAAUCAAGAUCAAAGGAAACAUGAGUCUAGCAACUAAACUGGAUGUAGUUCUUAAACUUGGCGGAUCAUCCAAAGCCAAACUUUAAGCUCUAUUCAUGACUAUAUUGCGAAAAUAAAGUAUCGAAUUUUUAUCGUGCAGAUUUCAACUGGACAUUUUAUAGCAGCUGAACAAAAA